CGCCGGGUGCCGUUUUUGUUAAUAUAUGUUUGGUUUAUCAACCGCUUGUUUUCGGAGUUGUCCGUCCGGCAUAACAGUCCGACUGGAAACACGGGUUGCGUGUAGUAGGGAAGCUGCUACCAGAUGGACGGUGUGCCAUGCCUUCGUGUGCCUCAGUGUCAGGCUCAGAAGCUCAGGAGGUCACUACAGUCCAAAGGGGCUCUGGACCUGAGUUUGAGUUUAGUGAAAGACUCAGAUGGGACAGUCCUCCUGCCCAUUUUAGCAUCCUGUUUGUCCCAGCUCGAUCUUCAGUCUUUCAGGACCACUGUGGCUUCAGAUGAUGCUUGUGAAGUAGUUUGGAGUAAGUCUGCUCUGCAGUCAAAAAAAGAGAAAGGAAGGGCGAGUGGUAGUAAACUGGAGAAAGUCCUCCAGGAGCUGUUGGAGUCUCAUGGUGAAAGAUGGACAGAAGAGCUGAAGAGAGACCUCCCUCGCAGUUUCCAGCGACAUGGAGACCUAGUCCUGCUGGGAGACACUUGUUUUGUUCUGCCAUUAUGGGAAAACAUGGAUCAACAGCUUUGGAGCACAGUGGCCAGAGGACUGGGAGCAAAGCGCCUAGCAAAGAUCAGGAGAAUUUCAAGAGAUGGAUUUAGAUCUCCUGAGGUGACGAUGCUGCUAGGAGAGCACAGCUGGGUCAAACAUGUAGACAAUGGCAUUAGUUAUGAGUUUGAUGUUACCAAGUGCAUGUUCUCGGCUGGAAACAUAACAGAGAAGCUCCGGGUGGCUGGAUUUGACUGCAGAGGGGAGACUGUAGUGGAUUUAUAUGCAGGUAUUGGAUACUUCACUCUCCCAUAUCUGGUGCAUGCAAAGGCCAGUCACGUUCAUGCUUGUGAGUGGAACCCCAACGCUGUCGAAGCUCUAAAGAAAAACCUCGAGGCAAACGGAGUGUCUGACCGCUGUACGAUUCACCAAGGAGAUAAUCGCCAACUCCAGCUGUGUGGUGUCGCUGACCGAGUGAACCUGGGUCUCAUACCGAGCUCUGAGGACAGCUGGUCUGUCGCCUGUCGACUGCUCAGGAGAGCAACAGGAGGCAUUUUACACAUACACCAGAACGUUACCUCGCCGGUACAGCACAGUACAGCCAGCGAUGCCCCCCAGAAGGUUUCUGGGAAAAAAGCAGACAGAGAGGUGUGGCAGGCCUGGGCCGAUGACACAGCAAAGCACAUCGCUUCUCUUUUAAAGGACUUCACUGGUACACUGUGGACAACAAACAUCCAGCACAUAGAGCACGUUAAGUCAUAUGCACCUCAUGUUCACCAUGUCGUGCUGGACUUGGAGUGCAGGCCUUCCUGAGAAAGUAAUCAUCACAAAUACUAAACAGACACUGUGGUGUUCAACAAACAGAAGUUACUAACCAAACCCUACACAAGCUGGUUUAAUCAUUUGUCAGGCUGUGACAAACCAACCGCAGACAUUAUUUAUCCAGAGGCCUGCACUACAAAGCAGGAUUAGUGGCUUAGCAACGUAACUUUGGGGUUAACCCUGGGUCUCCAGUCUUGCAAAGGUGGUUCAGUUCUUACUCUGGGUGCGUUGCCAGGGUAACUUAUGCUGAUGACCUUACCUCGUGGAAAAGCCUAUGGAUCUGCACAGGUAGAAGGAAGGUCUAGUUUUUGCUCAUCUUAAAAUAUGCACUCUUCUGGCAUGGACAUCCAGAUGCAUGUUUUUCUUUCAUGUGAACAUGCUCGUAGCUGGAUUAUGGGAAACACUGGGUUGACAUGUUGAGUUUAUAACCACCUUCGUAGGACUGCGUCAUCUUGUGGCUAAUGUACGGAGAUGUGAACUUGCUUUGAAUGUAAUACAGGCCUCAGGUUGACUGCCUCACUUUUGUGCAAGGGACUUAUGACCGGCGCUGGAAAUUCCUUGUUCAUGGGAAUUAGUUGCAAUCCCCAAUCCCUUUCACGAGUGCACCAAAGUCACAGUGUUACCAGCGAGCAACUAGACAGUCUGGCUGUGCCUUGCUCAAGAGCAGCUCAUUGUUGUGUUUGAUUACUAGUACAGUCGAGGGUUGCUGCAUUGGAAAGCAAAUACACUAUUAUCACUGUUAUUCUGCAUUAGUCAUAAAUCUGGCAUGAUUGAAGAUCCACAACCCUCCUUGUUGUUGUUUUUUUGUUUGCUUUAAAGGGGGAAUGUUUUACUACCAUGAUCUAUAUGAAUGACAGAUUAAAGGAAAAGCCUGAA